AUGAUACCCCUCAUGCGAUUCAAUCCUAGAUUUGUUACGCUCUUCACAUUAUGUGCUCUUCCUCUCUGUGAAAUCACAACCACUCUUGCCGCCUCGUCUGGAGUCACCACGACAGGAAACAGCACCAUUCAGACGCUGACGCCCGCAUUGGUCGAAUGGAUUCAGGACCAGAUCGACACAAAAGUGCUUCCUGGGGUGGCCGUGGCGGUUGUGCAUGAGGAUGGCUCGUUGGAGUAUGGGUCCUGGGGCGUGAGGACAGAGGAUGGGGUGAACAUGACCUCCGAUACAUUGACAAACCUUGGGUCGCUCUCUAAAUCGUUCACUGCUUCGUCCAUAAGUAUUCUCAUCGAUGACUUCGCCAACGGAAGAAACAGUACCCCCCUCCCGUCGACUAUCAAGAAGCUUGACUGGACCACAAAAAUCAAGGAUUUAUUGCCUGAAUGGCACCUCAUGGACGACUUUGCCACGGAAAAGGCGAAUUUGUACGACUUGCUCUCGCAUGUUACGGGGUUGGCAAGGCACGAUUGGUCCUAUAGCGAAGCAGACACAAUGACGGAUAUCCUCGAGAGAAUGCAAUAUCUCAGGCCUUCGUUCGAGCUGCGAGAGAGAUUCGAAUACAACAAUCAGAUGUUCAUGAUCGCCUCACUCAUCAUCUCCACAUACACCAAUUCUUCCCUUGGCGACUUCGUCCAGUCUCGCAUUUUCGAUCCCCUGAAUAUGACCUCGUCCACUUAUUCCCUCGACACCGCCGUCGCCUCCGGCAGGUUCACUCAGACGUGGACCAGUUCAGGACGCAGGAUCCCAUAUUGGGUGAAGGAAGACGAGUUGGCAUCAGACUCAGGACCUGGAGGAGUUAUCUCCUCGGCCGAGGACCUGGCGAAAUGGGUCAGAAUGUGGAUGAAUGGCGGAGUGAAUCCUUCCACAAACAAGGCUAUCGUGCCCGCAUACGGUGAGCUAACGACGGCUCACAACGUCAUCUACGGAAACACGUCAACAUUCGGCCCCACCACGUCUAUCGUGGGCUCAGGGCUGGGGUGGUUCAGAAUGUCUUAUGAGGGCCAUGACCUCGUGUGGCACGAGGGCAGUAUUCCCGGCGUGAACACCGCGCUCGGUUUCUUGCCCUCAGACGGGUUGGGUUUCGUUGUCCUCAUCAAUAGCGAUAUCACGGAUAGUCAACAGCUAUACAUCGGAGAUCAGAUCAUUGCCAACUUUAUUGCCGCCAAUUCCACCUCCACCUCUACGACUGCCACAGAUCUCUCCGCUAGAGACGUACUCGCAGAAGGACCAAUCCUACAACGCCUAUCGCGGUCAAAGAACACCGUUUACCGUUCUCUCUCUCGAAGGGAUUCGAACUCUUCUUCAUCAAUAGCGAACCUGGACUUCUCUGGAACGUACUAUAACCGAGGCUACAGUGGCAAUCUCACGCUCUGUUCCGCUUCGUCUUCUUCCUCCGACUGCCUCGACCUCCUCUCUAAUUUCUCCGCCGUUGACGCAGUCUCUGACUCAGGCUUCAACGCAUCCGAUCAAGAAGCGUACGAGCUAGUAGCGAACUGGGGCAAAUUCUUUGCGCCACAGAUCCGAAUUGUCCCGACUGGUGUCGAAUCAACAGAUGGGAUUGGAAACACGACGGUGGAGGCGACCAUCAUCGCGACGUCUUUGUUCCCGCAGGGUUAUGGGGCGAAUACGACGGCGUUCGAAGAGGAACUGGGGAGUGCGGAUGUGACGUUUAUCGUCUCGGCAGGGAACGGAAGUGAUGCGAGUGUGAGUGUGCUAGGGUUUGCGUUGAGUGGGACGGAGGUUGAGGAGAAUGACAGGCAGCGGGCAGGUGGGAGUGUGGAGGACCUGGCAGAUGCGUGGUUCGUAAAGCUCUGAGUUUCCGCAUAGAAAGGACUCGAACACUCACGAGCUGACUCAUGGACUCAAUGCGUGUGGACAUCGACGGGCUUUCAGCAUCCUUGUAACUUACUGGCACACACGUUGCAUAACUGUAUUUAUAACUUAA